CCUUCCCUUUUCCCUUCCCAGAAGCCGCUCAGGGAAAAGCGGCUCAGAGCGCUCAGCCCUCGCUCCCCGCCUCCCUCCCUCCCUCCCUGCCGAGCCUGGGAGCCGCCCGCAUCCCGAGAGCUGCCGGGCUCCUUCUUCUCCUUCUCGCACCUCUCCCUGCCAAAAUCGGGCUCGGGGCUGCUGCCGGAGAUGCGUUUGUGUGCAGAGAUCCUCGCCGCAGCCCUGUGCGCCCUGGCGGUGCUGCCCGGGCCGGGCUGUGCCAGGGCUCUCUGGAAACGCGCUCUGCUGAAAAUGACGGAGAAAUACGAUGAUUAUGAGUACCCUCUUCAUUCUCACAGCUCCCAGCAGCAGAAGAACGACCGGUGCCCGCCGCCGCCGCAGAGCCUGCCCGAGCGCGCCUGCGAGGUGCCCAGCUGCCGCUCCGACGCCGAGUGCCAGCGCCACAAGCGCUGCUGCUACAACGGCUGCAUCUACGCCUGCCUCGAGUCCGUGCAGCCCCCGCCAGUCUUGGACUGGCUGGUUCAGCCCAAACCCCGCUGGCUGGGAGGCAAUGGGUGGCUUUUGGAUGGCCCAGAGGAAGUCUUACAAGCUGAGGCCUGCAGCACCACGGAGGAUGGGGACGAGCCCCUGCACUGCCCCACGGGCUACGAGUGCCACAUCAUCAACCCGGGCAACACGGCCGAGGGCAUCCCCAACAGGGGCCAGUGCAUCAAGCUCCGGGGCAAUCCAGAUGGACACAACCUGAGGCAUAAGUAUUACAAGGAAUAUUUUGGGAGCAAUUCCAACAAUUUGGUCGGCUAUGUGAAAAACCAGCAGAAGCAUUUAGGCUAAUUGAAGAUGUGCCUGGCUGGACCACUCUGUCUUUACCCAGCAGCUUUCUGGUCCCAGAUCUCCACAUCUCCAGCACCCCGUGAUCCCUGCCCAUCACUGACCAAAAAAUUCAUUAUCCAAGGAACAGGAUGAGUCCAGAUUUUAAGACCACCAGGAAGGGGUGAAAUGCAAUCCCCUGAAGGAAACCACACUGCUUAUCAGCUGCCCUUCUACAAAUGAAAUGCAAACACCUCCAAGGGAUCCCUGCAAGCCACAGUGCCAUGGUCAGGCUGCUGACAGAGCUGCCCUUCAUGUGCUUGUCGUGUGACCAAUUCAGAUUUCAGGCCUGUGAACACAACCCAGCAAUGUCAGAAUUCUGCCUAAAUAUCAUACCUUAGUUGCUUUAAAAUAGGUGAGACUAAAGAGGUUCUCUGGACCAAAUCCAGUGCCUGACUGUCUUGAACAACCCCUUUAAAGGAGCCUUUUCAUCAGCUUAAAAUUCAAAGAAACCUGCAAGUUUCUUCUUUUCCUAUUUACACCCAGAUAAAAACCAGGCUUGACACCCAUUCUAAAUGGCCAAACCUGAAGUCUUAAGAAUUUGAGGAAGUUUAAGCUAGGAGCAAAAAUAGCUUUAUAAACGUUUUUAGGUUACUUUCCUCUCCUCAGUCUGCUGAGUUGCAGAUUGAGAGUUAAUAAUGGAACAGAUUCCUUCCUACAAUAUCCAGGCAGACACACAAAUGCAUGCCAGGUUUUGUAAUGUGCUGUUUUUAGCCAGCACAGUUAAUACUCACUAAAUCUGUGGGCUUGUACCUGCAAAACCUCAGCAAGAGGCCUGAAGUCUGGAUAAUUUGUUAAAUGUGUUCGAAAAUCAAAUCCAGGAUAAAUCUGUGUGCUGAAAAGGAUUGUCUGGGAGGUGGGCCACUGCUCCUCAGGAGUCCUGUACCUUUGUGUUGAUUUCCCUAAAUCUUUAAUGUUGGAUGUUGGUAUUUGGGCCUCACAGCUUCUUUUAGCUGUUUACCAUUAUACAAUGGAAAACAGGUUUUCUAUUAAGGUUUUCCUUUCCUGUGGCAGUCCUGAAGGGACAGUUGCAUUUAUUGUGAUAAACCAGCCAGAACUGUUUGGCAGAAAAGCCACGUUUGCUCCAUGUCCCCAUCUGCAUGCAUGAAAUUAGCAUUUUGAUUUGCACAGUAGUAGCACUGCAUAUAAAUGCCCAAUUCACAAAUACAAGUGCCUGCUUCCACUCACAAGAUACAGGAUUUUUUUUCCACUCACUAAACAAUUUAAGCCAAAUCCAAGACACCUAUAAAACUCUUGAUAUUUUGCACAUCACAUUUGCAGCUGGAGAGAGGGAAGGUGCCAAACUGCACUUUUGUUUCCUAUUCUAAACACAGUCCUGGCUGCUUUUCAGAGCAAAGGAACAGCUGAAGGGCUCCACGUAUUCUUACAUAUCUUCAUUUGCUGAACUCACUUUUUUCCAAAGAUAUUAAAUGCAGCACCAUGUUUGGACAGAGCUAUUUCUAGAAUUUUAUCCUAUACACCUUCCUACAGUGAGAUCUUAAUUCCUGCUUGGACUCAGGAGCCACAGAAGCAGAGAAUUGUGGAAUGGUUUGGCGUGGAAGGGAGUUUGAAGCUCAUCACCUUCCACUAGACCAGGUUAUCCAGGCUCCAAUCUAUAUUUUAUAGUUCCAAUCUGUGUUCAGACCAGAAAAAUUGUCACUUAUCCUACUGCAGCCUCGCUCCUCAGCGCUGCUGAGUGAAAUGGAUUGAUUUUGUUCAGCAUUACUUCCUGCAGGAAAAAAUUAAAUUCUGAUUAAAUGAGCAAAACCCUCCAGUGAUCACUGCUGGCCCCGAAGGGUGAAUGCCAAAAUGUUCUAUUUUAAACUAAAAAAUUCCUAAAACCUUGUGAGGAGCUAGUGGAGAAACUGGUGGUGUGCAUUUAGAAAUUUGAAAGAUUAAAACUUCAGAUCUCAACCUAAUCUCUCAAAGCAGCCCAAAGUGGACACAUUCACUUCAGUGUCUGUUUUCUUUGUAGCUGCAGAAGCUACAAACCACCUGACCUCCUGGGUGGGACAGGUAUUUUCUGCUUGCAAAAGGAAUUAAAACAAAACAAAACAAAACAAAACAAAACAAAA